UCUCUAAACCUGCCAUCUCUGUUUCACCUCCCCAGAGUUGGCUGCAGGUUUGAGUGUGUAUGACCUCCUCUGGGAAACCAGUGAGAGAGUAGCACAGGAGACCCUCUACUCUGCCUUCCUCAGGGGAAUGUAUUCCAGACGUCUGCCUCCGAAGAGCUACAUUGAUUUCUGCCACCAGGAGGCGCUAUAUCUAACCAGAGUCAUUUCCAUGCUGGAGGAUCUGAUCAGAACAGUGCAGGGCCCGGAAGACAUCAAGCUGUUUCUUCAGGGAACACAUCAGCUCUACCAAGAUUCCCUAAAGGAGUACCAGAACCAAGUUCCACAGCACCUGAACCUGUCCUCCAUCCAGACCUCUCCAGCCAUUCGUCAGUACCUGCAAAGUUUCCAUGAUGUGGUGAAUGAGGAGCCAAUCUACUGGGUGGUUUCUCUGCUGCCUAGAGCGAUGCUCAGACCAUACCUGGCAAAGCACCUCCCCCUGGGGGAGCAGGCCAGACCAGGCUCCAGCCCCUGCCUCCUCCCCUGGCUAAGCCUCUUCCCAUGCCCCUGCUACCAGUUGCCCACUAAAUGGAGUGGAGAGGAUCACGCGGACAAGCAGAUAGGCAAGACUCCGACAUAUAAGUCUCUUGUGGAGAAGUACCAGGCUGUGAUUGACAUCUACAAGGCUGUCAACAUCUUCAGAGUCAACAUGAUCAAUGAGAAGGCGCUCUUCACCUCCAGCUGGUUUCCCACUGGUGACGAGGAAGCAGUAGAAGACCCAAACAGCCUUUUGCUGUCUGUAGAAUCUGGUCCGGACUUAAAAGAAAGACUGUAGCAGAGCUGCUGUGGAAUGCUGGGAGCUGUUUAUGCGUGUCAUUUUGGGUGUAAUGUUGUUUUACAAUUAAGAUUAGGACCUGAAGUCCUCUGCCCCCAUCAGGAACUUUUGUUGGUCCCAUGAUGACAAAGUUAACUUUUGACUUGGGGGUUAAGUUUAAGUUAACCUUACAAUCUAUGUUAGAAUUAGUUUACGUUUGGGAAUUAUAGGUAGGUUUGACUAACUUUAGGCAUAAGAAUAAGAUUAAUGUGGGAAUGAUAAUCAGUCAUCCUUCUUAAUUAGAAUACUUUAUGAACGAAACAUAUGUGGAAUUUACAGCCAUAUAUUCUCUGAAAUCCAGUUUGGUUAAUUUUCACAUUUUGUUUCCUAAUACUGAAUAAAGAUCUCUAGGCAUAGCCUAUUUAAUGAA